AUGUAUCUCAUUUACAUUUCGAAUACGAAUAAGCAAAAUCCUUAUUCACAGAAGGCCCAAUUCUUCGCGCUCCUCGAAAGCAAGCAUAGAUUGAUCCAAGCUAUUGUCGCCCAGCACCUAGGUCUCCGGUCAGCGAAUGCGUGCCAAGUAGCUCCUUUACGGGAUUGGCUCCAUGGGAGCUACAAUGUUUGUGUUAAGAUUCUUGAGGAGGAUCUGGUUGCCAAGGAUUAUGAGCAGUAG